AAAAAAAAUAUAUAGAAAAAUCUAACAGCAAUUGCAACGCAAUGGAACCAACAUUUCCAAUGAAGGCUGAUAAGCCUAGUGACUAAUGACAUGCUCUUGAUUAACACAUCAGCUUUUGCCUUUGGUGAUAACGCCUUGCAAGAAGCUGCAUGCAAACCCACUGAUGGAAAAUGGAGAUGCAGAUCACAUUAGUCAAGGACCCAAUUUUGUGUCACUGACACCUACACCACAGCCUAUGCCAUUGGUUCUGAGGAAACAUCUGUAUGGGAGGUGUUCGUAAAUGUUUAUGUAAAGCAUUAUUUCUUAUUUCUGUUUCAUACUGAGUCAACUGUUAGAUUUGUAACUUCAGCUUAAUUUCCUAUAGCUUUAAAUUACAAACAUUAAGUGGCAGUUAAGCCUGUAGCCUACACAUUUUAGAGCAGAUUACUUGUAGUUGUUUUAAAUACAAUGCUAAAGUAAUCUGCCUCAAUAUUGUUUAUUGUAAUCAUUAUCGCUACCUCCUCCAUAAUUAUUGUAUUUAUGGUUUGGGCCUCAUUUCCAACAUCAGGUAAGUGUCUGAAAUUUACAAAAACAUUAAUAUCGCUCAAUACUUAGCUGAGUGAAUCUACCUGGGGGUUAGAAUUCUCACAUAUGUAUUGGCCUUUAUUGAAAAUUCAUAAGGCUAUACAGUGUUUAACCUUAUUGUACACUGUUAUACAGCCAAACAAUUAGUAUACAGAUGUACCACAGAAAUGUAAAAAAAUAUGUUUUCGAAUACUCAUUGAUUGAAUUCAAUUUCAAUAUUCAAAUGUCUCUUUGGACGCUGAAAACCUGCUAAUCAGUUUAAUCAAACUGGACAUGCAUUGAGUGAUUUGUUUAGACUAUUUAUGAAGCUGAAUUAACAUUAUGUUGUUAUUGUUUUCUAUAGGCGUAAGAGAAAUGGAUAACUAUUUCAAUCAUCAAUCCAUAAUUUAUUCAUCCAUAAACACCUUAUAAACAGUACUUUCAUGUAAUGCUAUUGUACUUAUUGUUUUUCUCAAUCUGUUGUAGAAUCUUCAAGUCCUCUUCGCAUACCGCAUACCUGGCACAGUAUAAACCACUGUAAAAAAAAAAAAAAAUUAAGAAAGUCUGCUCUAUAUCUCAAAAAGCAUAAAGCCUGUGUAUUUAGAUGUCUAUACAAGUAAUUUGUGACAUAAUUGUAAACAAGUUGCUGAAAUGUGACAUUUUGAACUCAUCAUCGAGCCACUGAGUUGCUUUCAGAACACUCUACAACGUUUCCGUUCUUGAAUGCCCCAUGCUCCAAACCGCUGCGCAAUGUGCAUGCGCGGAUCUGGGUGAAACGCUUGAUAACUAACUAGCUAUUCUCUCCAUCACAUGGGCUCAAUCAAGUCUGUUCCGUCACUGCUGAUAGUGGCAUCUGUGUAGCGGUUGCUUUUGAACGUUUGUUUGUAGCUGCCUAGCUAGCUAGUUUCAAUUUAACCUUAUUUAGCUUUGAGCUAACGUUAGCUGGGUUGCAAGUUAGCUUGAGUUGGUGCAGUGCAGUUUGGGAAGGAAGAAGCAGAUACGCGGCAGUUUCAGGCCAAACAUAAGUUAACGUUACCUGUCUGACACUGACGAGUGAUGGAGGCCCCACCAGUGUCAGUGCUGCCCAUCACGGGGGGCACAAUCAACAUGAUGGAGUACCUGCUGCAAGGCAGCGUCUUGGACCAGGCCCUCGAAAGCCUAUUGCACCGCCUCCGGGGCCUUUGUGACAACAUGGAACCCGAGACGUUCGCCGACCAUGAGCUGGUCUACCUCCUGAAGGGCCAGCAGGGCAACCCGUUCCUGCUGCGCGCCCGCCGCUCCCUCUCCCACCCAACAGUUCCCUGGCACCUGCGCUACCUGGGCCAGCCGGAGGUGGGUGACAAGUCCCGCCACGCGCUGGUUCGCAACUGUGUUGAUGUGGCCGCCUCGCACAGCCUGCCCGACUUCCUCAAUGAAAUGGGCUUCCGCAUGGACCACGAGUUCGUAGCCAAGGGCCACAUUUUCCGUAGAGGCGUGCUCAAAGUGGUGGUGAGUAAACUGUCACGCAUCCUGGUCCCUGGGAAUACAGAGAACACGGAGCCGCUGUCACUCUCCUACCUGGUGGAGCUCAGUGUGUUGGCCCCCGCGGGCCAGGAUACCAUGUCGGAGGAAAUGCGCAGCUUCGCUGAGCAGCUCAAGCCCCUGGUUCACUUGGAGAAGAUUGACCCAAAGAGACACAUGUAAGAAGGGGUGUGUUAAGAUGAGCCUCUGUUGGCAGUCAUGGACAAAGUGGAGUUUUUAUUAAAAUGCAUUUUAUUUACAUGGGACUUAGUUUUGUAUGAUUCCUAUAAGAAAGCUCUUUCCCACAGUCCUUUGUGAGACCUGGAGUUCAUUAACAGAGACAAUCUUGAUGUGUAUCUCGUACAUUUGGAGAAGGACCACCUGUCAUUAGGAUGUUAGUAGUGUUUGAAAAGGACUUCACAGGAGGAUUGACACAGCCAACAUGGACGAUGUGACAAAUGAGGCUUUGAACGAGUCAAUAAAUAACAAUGUUUCUAUUCAGUGCUGAACACUUAGCACAUUGGUUUUGUGUGACGCUGACAGUGCUUUGUUCUGUGUUGGAGAUGUUUCCAGAAAUGCACAGCUAUAGUGUUUAUUAAACAUGAUUUUUCUCAA